AUGCUCUCAAAUGACAUUGAAGAUUCUCAAAUUUACUUUGCCUCACAGUUUGCUGCAUCUAUUUCAAAGAAGCAGCGUUCCUUUAUCAAGCUUUUUAUUGUGAUUCUCGAUGUAUUUCAAAAUAAUGCGUUUAUCACGGAGCAGAAACACUCAGAUAAUAUUAGCGAAGGCGAUUAUGUCGAUCAGGUCUGGCUUCCUAUACUCAAAUCCUUAUUUGCAACAAAUGGACACCUAAUACGCGUAAAGAAAGGUGAGACAGUAAUAAAAGAUUCCAUAGAACAAAAAGCUGUCUUUUAUCAAACUGAGAGCCAUGUGAUUGAGUUUAAAGUUGAUGUCCGUUUGAUAUAUGACCAUGGGGCUUCCGAAUUUGAUAUUGAUGUAGCAGAAGCCUGUCUCCCAGAAGUCGAUAACAGCAGAGUUAUUGAUGACAGCGCAGAGCUGCUAAGAGAAGGAAAGGAUAAUAUAGAUACAUUAUUUAAAACUACUUCUAGUGACAUUUAA